CCGUAAAACAACAAAAGAAGAAGAAGAAGGUGUGCAGUGGAAGUCGAAAUUUUGGAGUUUUGCCAAGCUACACUUGACAAAAUGGCAGAAGAUAACAGUUACGAAUCUAUUCUUUGUGUUAAACCAGAGGUCCACGUCUACCGCAUCCCCCCGCGGGCGUCGAACCGCGGAUACCGUGCAGCUGACUGGAAGCUGGACCAGCCUGCGUGGAGUGGGAGAAUGAAAAUCACGGCCAAGGGCAAGAUGGCAUUCAUCAAGAUGGAGGACAAAAUCACAGGAGAGCUUUUUGCCCAAGCUCCAGUAGACCAGUAUCCUGGGAGUGCGGUUGAAGCAGUCACUGACUCCAGCAGGUAUUUUGUCAUCCGGAUAGAUGAUGGGAAUGGCCGCCAUGCUUUUAUCGGUCUGGGAUUUGCGGAUCGUGGAGACUCCUUUGACUUCAACGUAGCUUUACAAGACCAUUUUAAGUGGGUAAAGCAAGAAGGUGAGCUAGCCAAGAUGGAGGCAACCCAGAGUGCUGCACCAAAGCUUGACCUGAGCUUCAAAGAGGGGCAGACCAUCAAGAUCAGCAUCGGGAACAUCAAGAAGAAGGACGCAUCUCUUGCAAAGCCCCGUCCUGUGGCUGGGGGGCUGCUUCCACCACCGCCAGGGGUGAAGGCGGGAGGCGUUAUCCCAAUGCUUCAAAGCCCAGAGGCAGCCACACCAACAGACGCAAACACAGUCCCUCUUUUCGACGACGGAUCCACCAACUCUGACGUGUGGGGAGAUUUCACAUCCGCAGGAUCCAACUCCAGUAAAGAUGCUGUCCAAACGGGAUGGGUACAGUUCAGUUGAGUGUGGGGGCACUGGGGGGAAGCGGGUGCACCCGCUUGGUGGCAUACAUUCCAUGGAUGGAGAUGAUUGUUUGGGAAGGAAGAAAGUGGGUACCUCUCCGUCUCCCUAACUCGCAUAACCCAAGCAGUGAGGGUCAAAUAAACCUUAGCUUGCACUUAAUAAGCUCUUUCCACUCAACUAUGCAGGAGGAAUUUUAGUAGUAAGGCAACCAUGAAACAUGUGCUGGUUGGAGUUGCUCCCUACCUUCGCCUUCUAUUAAACCUCUCCUUUUAUUUCUCGUACUGUAACAGUGAAUCCCUAAAUGGGAAUGAUUUCAACAUUCUUAUUUUCUUCCCUCUGCCAUUACAACACCAGCACCCAUCAUCUUAAAGUUGUCCUAUUGAAGUUUGUCUGUGUUAAAUAACUAUUUGCAUUCUUAGUUUUGUUUUAGGAGCCCCAGCAUUUACUGAGCUUAUGAGUAGCGGAUUAUUCUAAUUUUUUCUUACCUCUAAAGCUUUUAAAUUUUUCUAUAGAGCUUUUGGUGUCAAAUUAAUUAAAUGGAUAGCAUUUCACGUUUUCUGUUAUGUUCUUUAUUUUUCUGAGGUCUAUUGUGUUUUCAGUGUGCCUUUGUACCAAAAAGAAAUGUUCCUUAAUCAUAUUCAAAGGUUGCACUGAGUAUUCUAUUAAGUGCCUCUCAGAAAAAAAAAAAAAUUGUAUAAAAUGUAAACCUCUAUGUAAAUAAAAAAUAUAUUCCAAUCUUU